AUGGCCUCGAAACUUGUGAUUGCUUCUCUUAUUGCCUUGUCGGCUGCCACCGAGGGCCUUCGACCUUAUGAAGCGCCUGGUCCGGAUGAUUUGCGCAGUCCUUGCCCAAUGCUGAAUACGCUGGCAAAUCACAACUAUCUACCUCACAACGGCCGCAACAUCACAGCGCAGCAAUUAACUGAUGCAGUUACCGAAGCCAUCAAUCUCGACGGCAAGGCAGUUUCAAAGAUUGCAAACGACUUCAUGAAGGCAGUGAACAAAUCCGCCAUUGACCUGCCCGAGUUGAACCGUCCGGGCAUCAUACAGCACAUUGCUUCUCUCACGCGAGACGAUGUCACCGACCCCGAUAGCCUAGAGUGUGCUGCGUCCCCCGAGCGGAUCAAGCACCUUUUGGAGGACAGCCCUACCGACUGUAUCACGGUUUCGUCACUUGCAAAGACUCGCCUCCACGUCGAGGCUCUCUCGGCCCCUCAGGAACUGACCCUUAAGGAGUCAUUCUUCACAUAUUUCGAAGCAAGUCUCCUUCUGCUGAUGAUGAAUGACGGGCCAAUUCCCUCGGGCUGGAGCUUCCCCUCGCCGGACUCAUACUGCGCCCCCAAGGAGAAGGUCGAAAUUUGGUUGACGGAAGAACGAUUCCCGGUCGAGCUGGGGUGGAAGAAACCGGAACGAAAGCUGGGCAUUGUGGACUUUGUGCCCGCCAUGAAGGGCGUGUUUGAGCACAAGAGGUUGCAGGCUGGAAAGGGGCCGCUCUGGAAGGCUUUGGUGCCCUCGUUUUUGCAGCGGCAGGAGACUCACGGCGAGCUUUGA